AUGGUGCUCAGGGUCUUGGCAUCACGCGUCCCCAAUGCCUCGCGAUCCAAUGCUGCCCCUUACUUCUCCUGUAAUCGUUUAUUUUUCAGCAUGCCUGACAUUUUGCCUUCGAGCCGAAAAGAACAUUCCGAACGCCAAUUGCUAAAUUUGUCACAGGAACAAGUGUACAAUGUAGUCUCCAAUGUCAAAGAUUACGAGCAAUUUGUCCCCUUCUGCACGUUUUCUCGUGUUUACAGUGCUCGUCCAGUUUCUGGUCAAACCAAAAGGACGGUGUUUGAUGGUGAACUCGGCAUAGGAUUCAAAAUGUUUGAAGAGAAGUAUACCUCCCAAGUAACCUGCGAGCACCCUAAAUUCGUCGAGGCCGUUUCGAGCGAUGCAUCGUUGUUUAAAGAGCUUGUCACGACCUGGCGGUUCACACCCAAUUUGCCUGCACACAAACUCAAUCAGCCCGAUGCAUUACAUCAUCCUUCGUGCUAUGUCGACUUUAAUAUCCGGUUUGAAUUCGCUUCGCCACUCCAUGCCCAAGCUUCCACUGUGUUUUUUGAACAAGUGUCCAAGAUGAUGCUGCAAGCCUUUGUCGACAGAUGCAAUGCUGUUUAUACAAAAUGA